AUGGCAGACAGCAGUUGGGAGAUACCCCCGGGUACUGUAUACUUGGGAAAUGGACACUCUGGUAUCUCCGGCUCUGACCGUGAUGUCAACGGACGGGUCGUCCUCCACCCGCAACCAUCGAAUGACCCUAAUGAACCAUUGAACUGGCCCAUACAUGAGAAAGCAAUCAACUUCUCUAUCGCCUGUCUAUUUACCCUAAUGGUAUUUGAAACACUUGAUGUCGGCACAGUUACCUGGAAUGCCAUGGAAGCGGAGCUUGGUUUUGGAUAUGACUUUCUUAAUGCCAGCUACGCAGCCGCUUUGGCUGGACUCGCUGUCGGCUGUAUCCUCUUCGCUCCGGCAGCUUUGGUCUUUGGACGCAAGCCGGUUUUGGCCGGACUAGCGGGGUCGACCAACGAUACCAUUAUCCAGAUAUCGAUAUCGGAUCUCUUCUUCGUUCGUCAACGUGCGACGUUGACAGGUGUCUAUACCAUAAUGGUGGUCAUUGGCACCUACCUCAGUAUGAUCCCAGCAGGCUAUAUUGUAAUGAAUCAAGGCUGGCGCUGGGUGUGGUGGUGGUACGCAACCCUCAACACUGUCAUCAUAAUACUGUUUGUAUUUGCCUAUGGGGAAACACGGUAUCGCAAGUCCGGGAACUGCUUUAUUGGCGAGGAGCCUUCGACUCCAACACCUCCUCACGAAGAUGACACAGAGAAGAAAACUGAUUCUGCGACACCUUGCCCUGAGGCCCAGCAGACAGUCCCAGUCCCAUUCGAACACCCAACAACACCAACACCAACCCGAAAGACAUAUAUCCAACGCAUGACCGUCUUCGGUAGCUUCUCAGACUUCAGCAUCCACUCCUACUGGCAACACAUGUGGCGGCCUUUUAUUCUCUUCUUCCGCAUCCCAGCCGUCGCGUUUAUAGCAAUCGAAUACUCCUUAAUCCUGUGCUGGGUUGCUGUCCUCGCAACGACCCAACCGAUCCUCUUCGCACAACCGCCAUACAACUUCUCCAUUGGAGUGGGGAAUAGAAAUAUUGCGCCUUUUAUCGGGGCAAUAGUCGGUUCAGCUUAUGGUGGACCGUUGAAUGACCUUUACGUUGUAUUCAUGGCUCGACGGCGAGAGGGCAUUUAUCAUCCCGAGACACGGUUGCAUAUGCUUGUUAUGCCGAUGCUGCUGACGCCGUUGGGCCUAUUUCUGUAUGGGAUUAGCAUUUCCAAGGAUCAGGACUUGCCGGAUUCGGAGUUGGUGCUGUCCCUGCGAUUUCCCUAA